CAACUGGAUCUAAAACUCCAAUUCUUGCUAAUCUGCUAUCAAAGCUCCUUCCUUUUCCUCUUCUUUUUUAUACGGAAUUCUCCCAAGAAAAACAGAAAGGACUCUUCUUACCUCUUCAAUUGAACCCAACAUCCCAAUUUUUGCAAAUCUAUUGUCAAAGCUCAAUUUUUUUUUAUUUUUUUAAAGAUAAUUUGCUGCAAAAUGGGAAUGAUUUAGCAGUCAGAAUAAGAGAAUAUAAUGUGGGGUGCUGUUCAAUUGGGAGUAUUGGCUGCCUUUCUUGUACUAUUUGUCCCUAUAGGUAUGGCAGGUUGGCACUUGAGUCGCAACAAAAUGUUAUUUUUUAGCUGUGCACUUUUUAUUACCCUUUCUGUUUGUGUUCAUUUGACCCCUUAUUUCCCUUCAGUCUCCAAUAUGCUUUUUUCAUCAGGUUCAACACCCUUAUCAUCAUCAUCAUUAUCAUUAUCAAGUGUAAAUCUUGAUUCUUGCAUUUCCUUACUUCACCAAGUAUCAUUUGAUUUUCAAGAACUGAAUAAUAAUGUAGGAAAAAACAGUUCUUGGAAGUGGAUUGAGUCUGAACCUGUAGUUCAAUGUGAUUUCCAAAAGUUGGACAAGUCUGAUGCUUCAGAUUUGUUUAAUGGAUCAUGGGUUGUUAUUGCUGGGGAUUCACAGGCAAGGUUAUUUGUAGUUUCUUUGUUGGAGUUGUUAUUGGGGGGAAAUGAAAUGGAGAUGAUUAGGGGGGAUUUGUUCAAGAGGCAUAGUGAUUAUCACAUAUUUAUUGAUGAGAUUGGGAUGAAGUUGGAUUUUAUUUGGGCACCUUAUGUAAGUAACUUGACUGAUUUGGUUCUGGGGUUUGAAGAGAAAAAGAGUUAUCCUGAUGUAUUUGUGAUUGGGACAGGUCUAUGGGAUAUGUUACAUAUAAAUAAUGCUACUGAUUAUGGUGUUUCCCUAAAGUUGUUGGCGGAUUUGGUGGUAUUGUUGUUACCAGUACCUUCAGAUUUUGGCGCAAAUUUAGUUUCAGUUCGGUCACCCAACUUCUUUUGGCUGGGAAUGCCAAAGCUGAUAAACUCGAUGUUGAAUACAAAUGAGAAGCGAGAGAAAAUGACUGAUGAGAUGUGGCAAGCUUAUACUGAUGAGCUUUAUAGCAGUAAGCUGUUGCGGCAAUCUGGUGGGCCCCUUGUGUUGCUGGACAUUCACGCGUUGAGUAAUAAAUGUGGAGCUCUUUGUACUGCUGAUGGAAUGCAUUAUCACGGGGUUGUGUAUGAAGCUGCAGUUCAUGUAAUGCUAAAUGGAUUGCUUAUAGAAUCUAAUCAGAAGCUGUAAUGGAGCCACGGUAAUAGAAGUAGUUUUGUAAUUGCUAGAGCUUUUGUUAUUAUAUGGGAUUCUUUUCCUGGUGCUACAUUUGGCAAUUGAAGAUCAGUGGCGAGAAGUUUUUGAUGGUGGUACAUAAUGAGGUUCAUAUUCUUUUUACCCCCUUUUUCUUCAAUUGUAGGAGUACUGAUACUCACACAACUUAUGUACCGUAGCAAGGACACCCCUUAUGUCUCACGGCCAAUUUCAACGUGAACAUGUGUAGAGAUUCACAUCAAUGUUUAUGAUCGAUGUUUGAUGGUUUUAAUAUCCACUCAGAUGAGUUACACCUAUAUUCAGCUUUUCUCUUGCUUUAAGUAUAAAGUUAAUCUAAUUUCUCCUAAAGCUAGUUAAAUAUUGUAUUUUGUUCCUUUCCCGUCCAGUUGAACAGGUCCUCAAAUUGGUUCACUUUAAUCUCCUGCUAUUCUGUGUUGAAAUCAUUGUUGAUAGUGUAGUCUAACAAUCCAACUUACUUAAAAUGUACCGGAUCGUAUCCACAGAAAAGUAAUAGCUGAAAUUUGUAGCUAUCCAGUCUGUUGUCACCUGCAAAGCAGGUCUUUAGAUUUAAACUUCACCCGGUGAUUAUUUUCUUGUGACCCCCAAUUGUAUGUCAACUUGUGGAAUAAUUUUACCCUCAGACUCCUUAUAUAGAUUGCCCUUGCAGUUAGUGGAAAAUAAGCUGCUAAAAUUACUUUCCGGAUUGUCUGUUUUAGGGUCAAAGCUAGUUGACUAGUUCAUAUAAUUCUGUAAUUUGUUGGAAAGUCUGAGUCACUUUCCAAAAUCUUCCUGCUAUCCUGCAAUAUCAGUUUGUUGGUAAAUCUCGUGUUAUAUGCUUACAGUACAUGCAUAAUACCAAGUGCAUUCAGAUGAAUAGUCAAGUUGUGUGUGUGUGUGUGUGUUUUUAUUUUUUUUAUUUUUUAUUUUAAUAAAUAGGUUAUUAUACAUUGGAAAAUAUACAGUUUGGAAAUUCUGUUGUUUUAACGAAGCAAAAGAACAUUUAUAGACAUAUAACGACAUCCUACGAAACUAGUUGCACGAUACAACUUAAUCACACUUGAGUCCCUGCAUUGUAGUUAUGAGCUGCAAACUUUAGUAGGUUUCUAGCUACUUGAAGAUCAUUGUUGGCAAAUACAUCUUCAGAACUCUGUUGUUAUAUCCAUGUAUUUUUUUCGAUAAAGUAAUAAUGAAUUUAUUGAUACAGCACUAAGUGAAUGCUAAAGAACUUGUAGUUUAAUCAAUCUACCCAAAAUUCUCCCUACUUCAAACGAUAAACUCACAAGUCGUGUGUCUUUCUUCUUUUCAUCUUCGCCCUGUAACAACAAAGGAAUGCAGCGACCGUCAGAGAUUGCAAAUACUGUAUGUUGAAUGGAUGUCAGGUCAUAAACCUGUUAGGUUCUUUUGCUAUUGUGAAUCUCAUUGAAGUUUAUCUUUGAACAAGUUAGAUUUUGAUGUAGUUGCUUUCGGCAGAGGUUGUUAUCUAGAGUAUAUGGAAUGUGUAAAACCUUUCCUUUGAUUGGAAAAUAAGUAGUUAGGGAGCGUGAACUGGAAAACCCUUACCCCUCUCCCUACCUGCUCAGCCCCCUCCCCCCCAACCCAAAAAAAAAGAAAAAUUAAAAUGGGUGAAAGUUAAAAAGAGCACUACAGAUUCUAUUUGACACUCAUUAGGAUAUAUGAGAAUUGAGCAGGGUGUGAGUUGCUCGCAUUUCUUAGUCCCUUGAAGCAAACUGGAUUCAGCAUAAAAGGGAAGUUGCAAACACAAAUUCUAUAGAAGGUUGUCUCUAAAGCUAUUCUUUCAACGGAGAUAAAUGGGCCAAAAUAAAACGGCUUUGUUGAAGAGUGACACCUCAAGGUUGCUCGGACAUCAGCACACCCUUGUUGCCCCUAUACUUGUACUCUACGCUGCUAAAGGAGGGAUGCUCUGUUCAUUCCAGAAGAAGUUAUCUGGAUCAACCAAAGUCUUGACUUUGACCAAUUUAUCAAAAUUAUCCUUGAAAUACUUCAGUCCAUAAACACGACCUUCAAUGUAGCGGUUAUUUCCAUUAUGAUUAACCCCUAUGUCAAGGUCUCUAUAAUUUAAAAAUGCGCAUCUGGGGGAUUUUGACACAAAAGGAGUCAUGUAGUUGUACAAUACUUUGGUCUGGUUCAAAUAGAAGUUCUCUGCUUCCUUUCCUUCUUCCUCCCAAUUUGCCGCGUACUGAAUUUUAAAUAUAUUUCCUGCUCUGUGGGGAAAUGGAGUUUCCCAUUCUGGGAUCUCAUUCAUCCUUCCACCAUAUGCAUUGAAUACUAACUCUGUGUCUCCUAAUUCGAUCAUUCUACUGAAUAUGUAUUUCAACUUAUCCUUGGGAAUAGGUUUCUGCAAAUAGUCCGACUUCCGCUUCAGAAACUUCGCUCCAGGCAUUCGGUUGAGCAAAGCAUCAGGCGGUGUUCCAUUAGGGAAACUUGCCCAGAAAAGCUCAGAUUCUAUCCAACUCAUCUCCCUGCAAUUCUCGAUAUGUAAACCCAAUUGAGGGAAAUCCCUAUUCAUGACCGAUAGAAGUUCUCUGGACUCUCCUAGAAAUAAUGCUACAAAUGUUGCUUUAAUUGUCUUAGUUCCUUUUUGCUUGUCACCGAUAGGUUUUAGAGUUAACCUUAUAAAGAGAUUGUUAUCUAUUUUAUUUGCAAUGAAUUGCCACCUGUAAACAAUGUCAACUGCAUUUUCUUCAAGGGUCCUCAUUACUCGGAAAACAGUGACAACAUCAGGAACUUUUACCAGCCUAAUUUUGUAGGCUGUUAUCACUCCAAAGCUAGCACCACCCCCACCUCUAAUCGCCCAAAACAGGUUACCGUAUCCUCCUCCUGUUAUGUGACCACCAACGCCAACUGUUGGGCAAACUCCAGCUGGGAAGGCAUGAAUUUUGCUUUUCUCCCAAAUUUUGUAAUAAAGUUCGCCCAGAAUUGCACCAGCUUGGACCCAAGCAGUUUCAUUUUGGAUAUCGACAUCAAUUGAAUGCAGGUUAGACAUGUCAAGGAGAACAAAACUGAUGUUGGAGACAUAAGAAAUGCCUUCAUAAUCAUGCCCUCCACUUCGGAUCUUUAGGUAGUUUCCAGUUUUCCGGCAGCAAAUGACAGCAACCUGGACGUGGGAUUCUUGUAAUGGAGUGAAAAUAAUGUCUGGUUUUGGAGUGGUUGAUCUGUUGAACCUUUUGUUUCUGAUAUAGUGUUGUAGCACAGACUCAUAUGAGGAAUUCUUUGGGGUGUACACUCUUGACAGUAUGUGGCCGGAUGGAUCUGAAUGUUUGGAUAAGCACUGAAGAAAACUUAGGUAUGAUGGAGUUGAGGCUGCCAAAGGAAUAAAAUGGAUAGCAACAAGAAGAGAAAGAAAAGAAGAAAAGGCUGGAAAGAGAGAAGUCUCCAUAUCAGAAUCCCUGGUUUCCUUUUACUAUUAUUUACGCUAUCGGGCUCUGAAAGCUAAUACGAUGAGAUAAACUACUCCGUGCUAACUAGAAAUAUAACAAGAGAAGAUGCCAGCGAAUCAGCUCUAAGAGAUAUUUACAAAGUUCAUCAAGCAGACUGUUUUGCCUAGUUUUCUUCUUCAUAAUGCUUUGAGCUGGUACUUUUUAUUAGAAAAUAAUCAUUUUUUUCCAUCCCAGUACCAAGUGAAUGUAGAUCCUUUCUAUAUUUACUUGUCUUGUCAUGCCAGUUCUGUGAACUAUAGAGUUGUAAUUGUAACCCUGAUUUGACUUCUACAACUGACAAAAUUUAUGA